UCAGGUAUGUGCUGAAGGCAUUAAAGUUCAACAUAAUGUGUGAUUUGGACAUCUACGAUCCUCCUUGCCCAGCGAAGGACGCUCCGGUCAAAUCUCGGGGACUGAUAAGGACUAAAUUCACAGAAUACAGCAACACGAUAACCUCAGGGAUCAGUGAGCAGAGGGAAAGGGUUAACUAUGUGGAGCAGAAGGUACUGUCUACAGUAAAGCCAGUAACGAGGUUUAUCCCAAUAACCUAUGAUACAGUUAAGAGAGUGUCUGUGAUCAGUUUAUGUACUUUUUCUGGAGUUAUACAGGGCAGAAAAGCUGGGGGCUUUUUCAGGAGGAUUCUGUAUCCAGUAUUUGGAUUUGUUGGAGGUAAUGCUGCCUGUUACCCAAAACAAACCUACAGUCUAACUUCCAAAACUCUAACCACCACUUUACCUCUGGUCGCUACUGCUGGGAAGGCAACUGUUGAUGGAAGUAGAUUUGUGUUCCAUACGGGGAAGAAAGUGUCCUACUUCAUAUACGACAAAGUCAGUGAACAGUUCCCUGAUAAAUCUAUCGUGGAGGAGCCCGUUUCAGAUGAGCCAAACAACAUAGAAACUAUUCAGGAAGCUGUUUUGAUCGAUGAUUCAUCAGAGGCUUCCGAGGACACUGUCUCUUCAGAAGAAUUAUCAGAAGACGUAGUUUUAGUUGAAGAACAAAGUUCUUCAGAUACCGUAAUUUCUCUUGAGAAGCUUCCUUUACCGACGGAGGUUCCGCCGAUUGAAGAGAAUCUUGGAAUGGGCGACAAGGAUCAUGAUGAUAUGUACAGCACCCGAUCAUCACGAUCAUGAUUAAUUUAUUAAUAAUACUAAUUAAGUUGAAUGAUAUGUCUCUUGGGCAUUUUCUACCAUGGCUAUGUAAAGAUCAUAUAGGCGUUUUGUUGUAUGAAGAUUUUAUAAAAAAUGUAUUUGGUAUUUAUGAUCGUUGAAGAACCUGUAAUUUUCAUUA